CCACUACAACCGACCGCGCGCUGGCUUGGCUAGCAAGCGAGGAAGAGGCUCGACAGAAAUGGCGGUGACGGCAAGGCGAGCAGCGUGAAGUGCUGAUGCAUUACAUGGAUCAAAACCUACCAUUGCCAGGACAGCGUUGGAAAAAUGACAAUGACGUCGAAGUAGGACACCAUUUGUAACGGCCAUUACAAACCUACAACACCUUCCCGGGGGAGUUUUCAUCUUGUCAGCGGAGGAGAGAGAGUCUCACCGGGAGCAUGGCUUCUUACAGCAACCAGUACAUCUUCGGGGAAUUCAGCCCUGAUGAGAUCAAUCAAUUUUUUGUGACUCCACGAUGUUAUGUCGAGCUUCCUCCGUUCAAUGACAAAGUGCCGUGCGUCACUCAGUCUUCUGGAAGUUACUGCACUCCUGCUGUACCUUAUAUUAUGGAGUCUAUGGGACUGCAGGUUUGCGCAGAAGACUAUCAGCGCAUUGAGUUUGGCGUUGACGAGGUGAUGGAUUCCAAGCCUAUUGGGGUGAACGAUCCUUUAUACAAGGUGUCGAGCACCCUCAACCCCCAGGCUCCAGAGUUCAUCCUGGGCUGCCAGGCGGCCCAGAAGGCCCAACAGACUGCUCCUCCAGCAGCUGAUGUCCCUGAUGGAACCCACUUCAACUCGCUGGAUGGCCCUGACUCGGAGGCCUCAGCUCUGGACAAUCACCAGGCCUGCCAGGACAUCGAUGGACUCCCUGGCAGCCUGGGACAGCGAGAGAGAAAGAAAAAGAAAAAGCGACCGCCUGGGUAUUACAACUACCUUGACCCAUCAACUGGCAGCAGCAACAACAGCAGCAGUGCGGCAGAUGGGACGCCUGUGACAGCACUGGUGAACGGACAUGCACUCGGUGGCCCACACCACAGUGCUGAAGAUGUGGACGGUAAGGCGUUGUCAGGGGCUGAACUUUUGACCCCUGGGCCUGUCUCGGCGGCAACAUCAACAGCUGCUGUGGCAGCAGCCAAGUUUGUCCCUACAUCCACUGCCAAUCAGAGGACUUGUGAUAGCCCUGAUGACUCUUCUUUGGAAUUAACAAGUGGAGCUGCCUCUUUAUCAGAUGGCAACAAUGCAACUUCCUCCUCUUCAUCCUCCUCUCAAAGCAGAGGGAUGACAGAGGGACCGAGGACUGCAGAUCAGCAGCCAGAUCAUUUUGCUCCACAGAGCCCCGAACUUUCAGAUACUCCACACAGCCCCUGCUCCGAAUCACCUUCUCCACGUCCUUCAGCUGCUGCGGCCGUCUUCUGUGUCGCCACUUCCAUUAUGACUACUGAACUGGAAGGAAGGGAGCUGGCAGACAGUGGGGUGGCCAAUGGGCUAGCAGAGCCUGAUACUCCUGUCAGCACAGAUGGACAAAAAGAAGACUGUGAGAGUGGGGAGCAGGCUCAGCAGGUCUCCCCUGACUCUGCUGCCCAACCGGUAGUGACAGAGCAGGCCCAUUCACCUGCAAUUCCAGCUGCCCCUUCUGCCAACCUCCCCAAAUCUUGGGCUAGCCUCUUCCACAACUCCAAGCCUCUGCCUGGGGGCCCUCAGGCCUUUGUGGAGGUAAAGAAUGUUGUGGAAGUUGUGUCUCCCUCCCCCGCUACGCCAGAGCAGCCUGAGAAAGUUGGGGAGGUCAGAGAUGGCCCUGUCCACGUAUCAGAGGAUCCUAUGGCCCCUAAACUUGCAGAACUUAUUGAGAAUGUGAAGUUGAUACAUAAACCAGUGUCUUUGCAGCCGAGAGGACUGAUCAACAAGGGAAACUGGUGCUAUAUCAACGCUACCCUACAGGCCCUGAUCGCAUGCCCUCCCAUGUAUCACCUGAUGAAGUCCAUUCCUCUGCAUAAUGAAACGCAGAGACCAUGUACCUCCACACCCAUGAUAGACAACUUCGUAAGGCUGGUAAAUGAGUUCAACAACAUGCCUGUGCCAUCCAAAGCCAAACUGCAAGCUGUUGGUGAAAAGGUCAUGAAAGACAUCCGGCCCGGUGUACCUUUUGAACCGACCUACAUUUAUAGACUCCUCACUCUCAUCAAGUCAAGUCUCUCUGAGAAGGGUCGACAAGAGGAUGCGGAGGAGUAUCUUGGCUUCACUCUUAAUGGAUUGCAUGAGGAGAUGCUAGCAUUGAAAAAACUAAUCUCGCCUCAGGAAGAGAAAGCUCCCACGCCCAAUGGGCCAGAGUCCCAGCCAGGUGUGGAGGAAGAUGUUGCUGAUAAGGAGGAAGAAGGUAGUGAGGACGAGUGGGAGCAAGUUGGCCCCAGAAACAAGACUUCCAUCACUCGCCAAGCUGACUUUGUCCGCACACCCAUCACUGAUAUAUUUGGUGGGCACAUAAGAUCGGUGGUCUAUCAACAAAACUCUAAAGAGUCAGCAACUCUGCAGCCUUUCUUUACCCUGCAACUGGACAUCCAGUCAGAGAAGAUCCGCACUGUCCAGGAGGCUCUAGAAACCUUGGUGGCACGAGAGUCAGUCCAGGGCUACACCUCUAAAACCAAGCAGGAGAUUGAGAUCAGUCGGAGGGUGACUCUGGAAGAGCUGCCCCCUGUGCUCGUGCUCCAUCUCAAGAGAUUUGUUUUUGAAAAGACUGGAGGCUGCCAGAAACUGACCAAGAACAUUGAAUACCCUGUUGACCUGGAAAUCAGUAAAGAUCUCUUGUCCUCUGGAGUGCGGAGCAAAGUUGUGAAAGGCCAAAGAACUUACAGGCUCUUUGCGGUUGUCUAUCACCAUGGGAACAGUGCGACAGGCGGUCAUUACACCACGGAUGUCUUCCACAUUGGUCUUAACGGCUGGCUGCGCAUUGACGACCAGACAGUGAAGGUCAUCAACCAGUACCAGGUGGUGAAGCAGACUGCAGAGCGCACCGCCUACCUGCUGUACUACCGCCGCGUCGACCUGCUGUAGACACGCACAC